UUCAUCAAAACAAUUGAAGGGUUGCAUCCUGUACUGCAUUUAAAAUCUGAAACUAACCGUUUCCAAACCAAGUAUAGACUAAAAGAAACGAAUUGUGAAUUAUUGGAAGUAAUUGAUGGGUUCGAAAAAGUGUCGAUUAUGUUUGUGUGCAGUGAACAACCUUGCUGGAGUAUCGGCGUCGAUUGAGGACGACAGUUUCUAUAGCAUCAUAAAGACCGUGUUUCGUUUUCCGGUACCGAAGCUUCAUGCAUUCGGAAGUGAGAACUACGCUUUGUCCGCUUUGGUUUGUUUUCAAUGUGCUACUAGCGUCCGGAAUUUCUAUUACUUCAGCCUACAUGUAGAAUCUAACCAGAAAAAACCACAGCGUGAAUGUGAAGCGAAACAAAAGCCUCAAUCGAUCAAUUCUGGUCGGAACGAUUGGACACUUGGGGAACUAAUACAACAUUUCAGAACAGAAACUGAGUCGGAUGCUGCAACAAGUGGCGAAAACUGUAUGGAUACCCUGUCGUCUACAACUGAAGUUGAAUCAACAGCUAGUGAUAAUAACAGAAUUAUAUUAAAACAAGAGGAAUUGAUCAUAAGUGAAUCGGAUUGUGAAGGUUUUGAUGAUCUAGAGGAUGAAAUCCAUUCUGAUUUGCAACAGAACAGGGGUGACAACCAUGAAUCAACAGACCUACGACUAUGUACAGCUAAAACACAUCGUAAUGCAGUCGAAAUUCACACAAACGAUUCACAGCACACAAUAACCACGGGGUUAACUCGUCGAGAAUCUUUCAAGUUCAGCCUCAUCAAAACAAAAGAAGAGCUGACGGUUUUUGAUGCGAAACUAUUGGACAGAGCAUAUUUUCAGAAGGUUCUCGAUUGGCUAACUGACAAUGUAAUAGCCAAAGACUGCAACAAUCGAAUGUUAGAAGCACAGGAUCUUAUCUUUCACAAAGAAUUUCUUGUCAAAUGCAGUUGGACGGGGUUAGGAAAACAUUCAAUGAAAAUUGAAUUCAAAUCCUUUAUCAAUGUGCUGAGGCUAUUCAAAGAAAUAGGAAGUACACGUUUUCAUUCGCUUAGCGACAGAGAAUUGGCUAUAUAUUUCAUGAACAAACUCAAACAUGCCAAAGAAAGACUGCAUGCAAAAGGUAUAGUAAAAUCAAGCUGUCGGAAACGGAGAUCAAAAACUCCACUAUCAUGGUAAGAACAGACGUCUAGUUGUAAAUUUUGUAGUUCAGAUUCAGAUUGAUGAAUCUGAAUGAUUAUUUUCGGUUUAGAGAUUCAUGAAUCUUUUGAUGAGAGAUUCAUGAAUCCCAAAGAUACAUCAACUGAUGAAAAGUGAAGAACCAAAAAUGGGUAGGAUAUGAAAGAUUCAUUAAGGUUUGAAGAUUGGAAUCCCUAAAGAUUCAUGAAUCCAUCAGCAACGAUCUAAGUUUUAAAUAUGGGUAAUGAUUAAUUACAUUGAUUAGUAUCUUAUAAAAACAUGAA